AUGAAUCGCAUACCUCCUCCGCCAGAAGGGCACCACCCACACCCCGGUCCGCACGCCGCAUACGACUCAUGGCGUCCUUCAUACCCUCCACCAUUCGAUAGCCACCCCGCCGACGGCCGCCGGGCCUCUGCCGUUUCUCAGCCGCCUCUACCACCACAGCCUUCAGGAUACCCAGUCAUGCCCAAUCGUGAGCUGCCACAGAUUACACCAGAAGGCCCGUAUGCUCGUCCGAUGGGCAAUGGAAUGCCCCCGCACCCGACCGUGCAUUCCCCGCAAGAUCCCACGCCCCCUCACCCAUCCUUCCACCAGCAGAUGAACGGUGUGCCGCACGAGGCCUCCCCCGAUUAUCGCGCUCGCAUGCCCUUCCAACCUCCAGAUCAAGUUAAUAAUGGGGACUCUACACCUGUUUCCGGGGGAUUGCCCCCCGCUUCACAGUUCAUGGCGCCUGGGCCUCCCCAGAUGGCGAUUUCCACGCCGCCUGGCGGGUAUGAUCCUGCCUAUUACCAAAACCAAACGCUGGGGCGGCAACAGCAGCGCAGGGCGAACCGAGCCACACAGGCCUGUGACCAAUGCCGAGCGAGGAAAGCAAAGUGUGAUGAGGGGAGACCGCAUUGCAGCCACUGCAAGGAGAACAACCUCGGAUGUGUCUAUAAAGAAGUGCCGCUGCACAAGCAAGAGAAAACCACCCAGCUGGUAUUGGACCGGUUUACUAUGAUGGAGGAACGCAUUGCCAGAAACUUUCAAGAAAUGGAAGACCGAAUGUUCAAGCAGCUGAAGAUGGGCACACUUCAAGUACCUCCUGACCUACCACCCCCACAACCAACGGCUCUCAAGCAGGAUCGGCCUCUAAAAACGGAGCUCCUCAGCGCCCAAACCUCGCCUGCAAACAAUGUGGACACCGGAUCUGAAAUCAGUGCUCCCAAAUACAACCCCAAACUUGGACCAGCACCGGAGGAGUUGUACGUUGAGGACCCGAAGAGUGAAGCCGAAGGAGAGCUAUCAAUUCCGGUGGAGCACACCACUGCAGCUCACAAGCUGUUGAUGUGGCCCUCGAUCAAGAAGCUACUGUAUCCGGAGGAAUAUGAUGAGGAUUAUGUGAUGCGGUUGGAAGAAGAGCGCGGUCUUAUCAGCAUUUACGGCCAAGGCGAGAUCUCAUUUACAGCAGAUGACAGUGAAUUACCGGUAGAACCCAACCUGGAUGGUGCUCGACCAGAUGGCGAUGGCGCAGGGCUGAAUUCCGACGUUGAUAUCGAUAAGUUUGGUAACCUGAACCUCGACGCGGCGACUGCUCGACGCUACUACCACAGCUACCUCGACCACAUGUUCAAGCUCCACCCAUUCCUUAUGCAGAGUGAACUCGACAUGAAGGUCAAAAAUUUUAUCCGACUCUACUGCCGUCCGGACUUGUCCCCGACCUCAGCUUCAAACUACCCAAGGCCGGCUCGCGAUGGUCCGCCGCCUGCCAAACGGAGGCGGUCCAACGAGAAUCUAGGUGGGCGUGGGGAUUUCGUGGAGUCUAUCUCGAACCCGGUGCGACCUCGAGUGGGAAAAAACAUCGAUAAUGCCUUGGUAUUGCUGUGUCUGGCCUUGGGUGCUAUCUGCGAAACACCCGCUCCUCUUCCUGGGCCAAUCAUGGACCAUCAUAUUGAUUAUCGCAACCAGUUUAUACCUCAUCCGCUACCUCCUCCACCUCCUCCACCUCCUCCACCAAAUCCUCAAAACGUGGGAUACCCCCCCAAUGGCGUACUCUCCCCAGCGAAUUCCGACUCGGCCAUGCCAAUGUCGCUUUCGCAUUCUAUAUACGUGGUGCCAAUGCAGAACACUACCCCAACUUUCACAUCUGCCACGAUCGGCGAAAAUCUAGGUGAGAACCGAAAGAGUCUGUCAACGCGAGUUGUGACAAAGACGCGUGAUGCUCGGGGAAACACGAAGAACUACCAGGUCAUCCCUGGUCUGACACUCUAUGGAUAUGCGACCGAGAUAUUGGGCCUCUUGCAAGGUGGAAACGAGCUGGAACAUGUCCAGUCCGCCCUGCUUGCUGGUCUUUAUGCCGGUCAACUGGCCCAUCCUUUCCAGAGCCACAACUGGAUUUCGCAGGCGUCGAGGGCUUGCCAGGUGCUUGUGAGAACCAAGCGAUACGAGCGACUCGUGGAGGGGCCUAUUCAGGACUUGUAUAACUUUGCUUACUGGACUUGCCUGCAGUUGGAGAGUGAUCUACUUGCGGAACUUGACAUUCCCGCGAGUGGUAUCUCGCGUUCUGAGGGUCGAAUGGAACUUCCGAAAGGAAAAUUCACCAUCACUCUCCCAAACGAUCUCAGCGCCCCUCAGACUAUGAUGAUGUUAUUCUAUUCGGCUCAAAUCCACCUACGCAAAGUCCUCAAUCGGGUGCACACCGACUUGUACAAAGUCGAAAAACAAGGCCAAACCCGAUGGUCUUCGACCGUACAAUCGGCUCUGAGCUUGAACCUCGACCUCUGGCGCAGCAGCCUGCCACGAAGCAUGCAGUGGGAAGAAACGGAUCCGCCAGCCAACGAAAUCAACGCCGCUCGUAUGCGUGCCAAGUACUAUGGUGCUCGGUAUAUCAUCCACCGACCUCUCCUCUACCAUGCCCUCCACUACGGCCACGCAGGCGCCCGCAUCGGUCCAGUUGGCCAAGCGUCGGUGGACUCGCCCACGUCGCAGCACAUGUCACCGUCUAUGCUGCACAACCCUGCCCGAGCUCCAAAUAUGGCACGUAUGUCGAGCGACAUGGGUUCUACACCGGCCGCGAGCUCGACUGGCUGGACUCCUCCCAAGGUCCGCUUCAAGGAUCUCCCCAAGAAACUGCAAGCUGCCUGUGAAAUCUGCAUCAGAUCCGCCAUCAAAAGCACUGAGGCGUUUGACGGUGUAGGCGGACAUCGGUUGGUCGUUACCAACAUCUUCGGCACUGCCCAUGCGCAAUUUGGCAACAUGCUCGUUCUGUCUGCAACAUACAUGUCACCUCUGAGGGAGCUUGUCGACGAAAAGCUACUUGAGCGUCUCCUCCGACGCACAAUUUGCUUCCUCAUUCAGAGCGAGAAUAUCUCCCCUACUCUUCGGGCGGAUGCUCGUAUUCUCACCGAGAUCUAUCAAAAGAUCUUCCACCGCGAACCUGACGUAACCGGCCACCCUUCAUCAAUCAGCGGCCAUACUCCAACCGGCCAUACUCCAAACAUGAGCAAUCACAUUCCACCCAUGGAUCACACUCCGGGAUUGAACGGCCAAUCUAUCAGCAUGAGCUUCCCUUAA